GUGGUCGGAAUAUGUUUCGCUUCCUGCUUCCUCUUUGCAACCGAUAUUUAGGAUCUUUCAAAUUAUAGUACAGCACUUAUAUAGUGUAUAUAUUGAAUAAUCUCUGUUUAAUAUCGUAUAUAUUUAUAUGCAAAAGUAUAAUUUGCACGCAUCUUCCAAACGCACAAGUAUUACUACGGUACUAACUUGUAUUGCAAUAUCUAGCUAUAUGGUUUGGAAUCGAUCAACGUGUUAAUCGGAAGUAAUUUUGCAUAUGAAGCAUAACGUGACACAUUUUUAAUGCGAUCUUCUUACAGUUAAACAAUUAAUUUAAUUGGAAAAAAUACUAUUCGUCGUUAAUUGCAGUGAUAGUUAAAUAUAACAACAUAUUUACGAUCAAGGUUACUUAAUAUUAUUUUUUAUUUAGUUCAUAAACUCGAACUGUGGGGUGCUGAUACUAAGAAGGAUGUCUGUGAUUGGACGACUGACCUGGUCUGCUCUAGUCUUCCUAUUCGUUGCUGAGUGGGGGCGAUGCCAAGGGCAGACCAGAAACUGUAAGACCAACAACCAGGGGAAUGAAUCUGAGAGCGAGAGAAAACUGCUGAGCAAACUGGAACCCCUGGCUUCUCUGAGUUUCUCCGCUGUCAUUCAGGAUAAAGACAAUAGCUACACGUAUUAUUUCUCAGUGUGUGGGAAUGUGGCCAAUAUCAGCAACGCAGGGCUUGUGCAAAUCGACAAGACUGGCACUAAAACUGUCAUCGGACAAUACACAGAUACCCAGAUCUUUGGAGGAAGUGACUGGGUGAUGUUGGUUUAUAAAAACGGUUCCAAAUAUGACAACCAUUGCAACCAUGAAAACAGGAAGUCAAUGGUGAUGAUAUCCUGCAACAGAAACACUAUUGGGGGUGGUUUUACUGUGGUAGAUGAGGAGCGCACCAAGCCCACAGACUGCUUCUACCUGUUUGAGUUGGACUCCAGCACUGUCUGCCCCGUGAUCACCAGCAAGCUGAGUGCUGGCUCCAUCCUGCUCAUUGUGUUUUUCUCAUGUCUGACUCUGUACAUUGUGGGCGGGUUCCUUUAUCAGCGAUUGGUCGUAGGAGCGAAGGGGAUGGAGCAAUUCCCCAACUAUUCCUUCUGGCAAGACCUGGGAAACCUGACAGCUGAUGGCUGUGACUUUGUCUGUCGAUCAAGAGCACGCAAUGCCCCUCCCACUUACAGGGGAGUGGCUUCGGAACCCCUGGGAGGGGAGGAGACUGAAGAGAGAGAUGACCACCUGCUACCCAUGUGAUCUGUGACAUCACAACUCCCGAGCUCUGUCUGUCUGUCUGUCUGUCUGUCUGUCUGUAACUAGAGUAAAGACCAGAAUAAAAAGUGGGGUUUUAAAAUCUAA